CCAGCAGUCUACCGUGGGAAAACCCAUGUAUUAAUGAAGGUAGGCGAAUAAUUUCGUGAGGCUCAUUCAUUUCUCGUUCAGGAAUGAUUUUCACCGUUUGAUCCUACAAUGUGAGUCGAAUAAGUGAAGAUGCCAAGUGGAGACAGAAUCUAAUGGUGUGGAUAGAAUGCGGAAUUCUUACAGAGUUUUCUUUACACCUGAUGAAAGCUGCACAUUUAUGGCGUUUGUGAGUGUCAGUGGAGACUUCUGCCAGGCUCAGCACCUGGUCAUUGUGGACAAGUGAAGAGAAAAGUGGCCUGCCCUAUGAGGAAAACACUGCCGUGUCGCCCCGCUAGUCCACAGCUCGCCAGCGGAGAGGCUGCAAUACCCACAGCCUCAAGUGUAUGCGGUGGCUUGAGACAAGCCAGCCAUUAGAAAGCCAUCACUUUUUUUGUUUUGGUUUCUGAGUUGUUUUUGUAAUUCUCUCAAAACGCCAACAAAAUCAAAACACCCUUCUGAAUGGGGUAAUUUGAAAAAUUUGCAAGUCAGAAGGAGCGCCCUUCCCUGCCCCCCCUUCUUUUUUAAAUUUAAAUUUUCAUUUUCUUUUUUUUUAAGAAGAGAGAAUUGAGGGUAACGGUGAUUUUUUCAUUUUGUUAUUUUUUUAUACUGCCUUUUCUUUUUUAAGAAUAUCCAUUAGGCCGACCUGACCUCUCUUCCUCCCACCAACCACCACGACAAGCCACUCCAUCAGUUUUUUUUUUAAAGGUAGUCGUCUGCACAGAAGUGUUUUUUUUUGCCCCCCCACCAGCAAUUCAACAUGAACCGUCCGGCUCCCGUCGAGAUCUCCUAUGAGUGUAUGAGGUUCCUCAUCACGCACAAUCCAACAAACUCCCAGCUCACCAAAUUCACUGAGGAACUGAAGGCAUUCGGGGUGCAAACCCUUGUCCGCGUGUGUGAGGCCACCUAUGACAAAGCACCAGUGGAGAAGGAGGGCAUUGAAGUUCUGGACUGGCCUUUCGAUGAUGGUUCGUCUCCCCCUGACCAGGUCGUUGAUGACUGGCUCAACCUCCUCAAAUGCAAAUUCAAAGAGGAACCGGGCAGCUGCAUUGCAGUGCACUGCGUUGCAGGAUUAGGGAGAGCUCCCGUUUUAGUGGCCAUAGCCCUGAUUGAGUGUGGGAUGAUGUACGAGGACGCGGUCUCGUUUAUUCGAGAGAAGAGACGAGGAGCUUUCAACUCAAAGCAACUACUCUACCUGGAAAAGUACAAACCCAAGAUGCGUCUUCGCUUCAAAGAUGCCAACGGUCAAAAUUGUUGCAUUCAAUAGAGGACCUGCUCUGUGAAAAAGGAGCAUCGUUCAGAUAAAGAAAUGAAAAAAAAAAACUACAAGCAAAGAAAAAAAAAGCUACAAAAAGAAUGUUAGCGUUAAAAACUGUAGACUGUAAAGCCAGAUCAAAAAUUGAUCGCAGAUAUGGGCAAAGAAUUGAAGUAAAUACUUGAUUGAGAUAUUUAAAAAAGACUCCAUGCACAAAAAGGAAGGUCAGUUUCCAUUACAUGUUAAUCAGCAUAAUGAGUAACUAUGUGCGAAGAAGCCCACAUUGGAUAUUUUUAAUGUCAAGUUUUGGGGCAAAGGGGCGUCUCGGCAGAUUGAAAACAAGGGGGUGACGGGACUGAUCACACACACACAGGUGCGUGUGGGUGUGUAUAUGUGUAUGUUUAAACGUCCCAGCCUUCAGUGAACAGUUCCCAUCUGUGCAAAUGACCUGUUCCCCACCCCAGACGAUGUGAAUUUUGGUGUCUAAGUACAGUAUGUAACCUCAUACCCAUGCUAUAUGCAGAUCAAAGUGAUUGUGACGAUUUGUGAUCACAUGUCCCUUAUUUGACACAGACGAUUUCACAUGUGGUUCACAUUUAGGUGCUUCUCUUGCAAUUGUAAAACAGGUACGGAGGUACCAUACACUAAGCCUAGGUGUGCACAGACACAAAAAAAAGACAUCACCACAAGGGUCAUCACCUCACGUGUACGGCUCCCACCUGCAGCAGUCCGUUUCAACCUGCUAGUGUUUUUUUUAAAAGAAGAAAAUCCUUCCUGUUAGUGAAAGUGUGCAUACAAACAUUCCAGAUAUCUAUAUUGAGAAACCAGCUUAAAAAAAGAUGGCUGAAAAAUAAAUAAGCAAGACAUUGUUGAUCGACCGAAUAGGAAAGGCUCCCACCUUUUUGAUUUUUAAAUGUUGAAAUAAACUUCCUAUGAUUGCA